CAUACGAUCUCUCUGCCGCACUACGCCCUUCAGUUCCGCCCAAAGGGGAAGUGACGCGGGUGCAGAAGAUGGCGUCCGCAAAGCCUGUGGACCGCUGUGGUUUGUUACUACCCGUUUAAUUUCAGAGCUGAGUGGGGGGGUCUCCUCGUUUGGCAGAUGGACGAUAACAUGGCAGUGAACCGCUGCCAACCGCUCUCCUGAACCUGGAAUUGAACCCGCAACUUCAUGUCCGACGGAGCCAGAGCUGCCUGGUCGAAGAGGGGCUGUGGGGAUUCGCACCGCCGAGGUGAGACGGCUGGUUUUAGCCGCUAAGCUAAGCUGUUACCCCGGCAGAGCAGUGACGGGUCCCCCGUAGCUCCAGCCGCUGAGAAUCGUGACAGUUAAUUUGGCUAGCAGAACCAGGGAAACAUAAACACAGGAAAUGCGAGCAACCCCUUAAUGCUCAGCCCACAAAGCCUCUGAUUGUUCCCCCGGGCUCCAAAAGUUUGCAGACGUUCACGCUGUAAUGUGGCGGGUGUGUUGGCUUUGUCGUCCAGGUGAUUGACGCUCAGAAAAGGGACUUUGUUAGCAUCUCCUGGACACAAGGGGCACUGUCCUCUGAUUGGCUCGGACAGCCCCCUCUGACAUGCCCGUGGCCAAUCAGAGGUGUGUUAUGUCGGGGGCAGAUGUGGAGGUGUACCUGUCCCAGGUGCAUGAUGGGAGUGUGUCGUCGGGCUUCAGGGCGCUGUACGAGGAGCGCCUGCUGCUGGACGUCACACUGCUGAUAGAGGAGCACCACUUCCAGGCCCACAAGGCGCUUCUGGCCACGCAGAGCGACUACUUCCGGGUCAUGUUCACGGCGGACAUGAGGGAGAGGGACCAGGACAAGAUCCACAUGAAGGGGCUGACGGCCGCUGGCUUCGGACACAUUCUCCGCUUCAUGUACUAUGGCUCUCUGGAGCUCAGCAUGCCCACUGUGCAAGAGAUCCUGCAGGCGGCCAUGUACGUGCAGCUGACGGAGGCGGUGGAGUUCUGCUGCUCCUUCCUGCUGGCUAAGAUCUGUCUGGAGAACUGUGCGGAGGUCAUGCGCCUCCUGGAGGACUUCAGCGUGGGCGUGGAGGGUGUCCAGGAGCAGCUUGACAACUUCCUGCUAGACAACUUCGUCCCCCUCAUGAGCCGACCCGACUUCCUGUCCUACCUCAGCCUCGAGAGACUGCAGUCGUACCUGAACAGCGACGCCUUAAGUCGCUUCCCGGAGAUCGAGCUGUAUGAAGCAGUGCAGUCGUGGCUGCGGCAUGACCGGCGGCGCUGGAGGCACACAGACACCAUUGUGCAAUCCAUCCGCUUCUGCCUCAUGACGCCAGCAAACAUCUUCGAGAAGGUAAAGACAUCAGAAUUUUACCGCUACUCCCGGCAGCUGCGGCAGGAAGUGGACCAGGCGCUCAGCUACUUCCACGAUGUUAACCAGCAGCCUUUGGUGGAGACCCGCUCCAACCGCAUCCGCUCGGUGCGGCCGCAAACUGCCGUGUUCAGAGGGAUGAUCGGACACAGCAUGGUCAACAGCAAGAUCCUGCUGCUGCAGAGACCAAAGGUGUGGUGGGAGCUGGAGGGCCCUCAGGUGCCGCUGCGCCCCGACUGUCUGGCCAUCGUAAACAACUUCGCCUUCCUGUUGGGCGGAGAGGAGCUGGGGCCCGACGGAGAGUUCCAUGCCUCCUCCAAAGUGUACCGCUACGACCCCCGGCAGAACUCCUGGCUGCGCAUGGCCGACAUGUCCGUGCCCAGGUCGGAGUUUGCCGUGGGCGUCAUCGGUAAGUUCAUUUACGCCGUAGCAGGCCGCACACGUGACGAGACGUUUUACUCCACCGAGCGCUACGACAUCACAGAGGACCGCUGGGAGUUCGUGGACCCCUACCCAGUCAACAAGUACGGCCACGAGGGGACAGUGCUCAGCGGGAAACUCUACAUCACCGGCGGCAUCACCUCCUCCUCCACCUCCAAACAAGUGUGUGUGUUCGACCCAGGGCGGGAGGCAGGAGGAGGAGGAGGAGGAGGAGGGGGGGGAGGCAGCUCAGUGGGAUCGGAGGCUCACAGGACACGCGCCGGCCGCGCCCCGCUGCUUCCCGGCACCCAUGCCAGCUGCUGGGAGAACAAAUCCAAAAUGAACUAUGCCCGCUGCUUCCACAAGAUGAUCUCCCACAACGGGAAGCUGUACGUGUUUGGAGGCGUGUGCGUGAUCCUGCGCGCAUCCUUCGAGUCGCAGGGCUGCCCGUCCACCGAGGUGUACGACCCCGACACCGACGAGUGGACCAUCCUCGGCUCCAUGCCCAUCGGGCGCAGCGGGCACGGUGUGGCGGUGCUGGACCGGCAGAUCAUGGUGCUCGGCGGCCUCUGUUACAACGGCCACUACAGUGACUCCAUCCUCACAUUCGAUCCCGACGAGAACAAGUGGAAGGAGGAUGAGUAUCCCAGGAUGCCUUGCAAACUGGACGGUCUGCAGGUGUGCAGCCUGCACUUCCCAGAGUACGUGUUGGAGCACGUGAGACGCUGCAGCUGAGGUCUGCUCCAACACGCCUCCUUUUUAUAGAAACGGGAAUGAAGACUGAGGUCAAGUUUCGCUUUUAAACUUUCCUUAAUAUGAGGAAAAGAUAAGUCUGCUGUUCUUUUUAAUGGAGCCAACGGAAGCGUGGCGUGGUGGGACGCCACUUGGACAUUUUCAGGAUUCGCUUUCUCAGAAAACGUAAGGAAAAAUAAUGUGUGGGGAGUGAAAAAAGUUUGAAUUCUGCUGGUUUAUGUUUCGGACUGUGGUCAGGUUCCUAUUCUACUACUCACACACUGUAUUUAGGCUGUGCAGUCUGGCUUAUUGCAGAAACGCACUGGAAGCGUCACAGUCAAAGGGACCUUGUAUUUAUUUAUUUAAUCAAAACACAUAUCUUGAAUCCCCUCUGAAUUAAGUUCAUUACCCUGCAUCUGUUGAUAUAUUGAGAUGCAAACUAAAAUAAUUUAUUUCAUUAAUAAAGUUGCUCAUGUUAAGAGAAAGCCAAGAAUCCAAAAAACAACCAAUAAGAUAUGUAACGGCUAAUAUAUAAACAAAAUACUCACACUAUUUUCUGUAGUGUAGCUAAUUCUGUAAACUGUCUCCAAACAAACAAAGCAGAGUGUAAACACAUGUUGUCACAGAUGCUGCUAACAAUUUGAUCUUUAAGUGAUACAUUUUCUUCCAGUGUGUUCCAGCUUUUAGUCCUAAUUAUUCUGCUUUUUACUCCCAGAUAUCCACCAUGUUCAUAAAACACGAAUCUCUGUGCGCCCUCUCCUUCCUCUCGUUGUGUGUGUGUGCGUGUGUGUGCGUGUGUAUGUAUGUGUGUGCGUGCGAUGAGAGCUGAAUGCAACAUAAAGAGGAAAACCAUAACACUACGUUACACAAGUUCUUUUUUUGUUUUAUAUUACAUGCAUAGUAGAGAAAGAGCAGCUCUGUAUCCGUCAGGUCACUGGCAGUUCUUUACUAACUCACGUUUUCAUUCCCUGCACUUUAUUUUUGGUUGUUGUUGUGGCUGUUAGGUGUGAAUGCCGUACUUCAAAAAUAAUUGUAGUAUUAAAACAUGCUGUAAGACAUCUGUCUGAAAUUAACAUUCUGACUGAACUACACAUCUACCAACCUUGAAACAUGCAGCUACUUCAUGUAUAUAGGAAACAUUGGGCCUCGUGCAGGAAGAGUGUGGUCUACUAUUCAGGAACUUCUCAUACUUAUUUUCUGUUUGAACGAGUCAUAGUCACAAAACAGCUUUUGUAUAGGAUGUAUAAUUUAAUGCUGCCUUUUUCCUCUUCGUUUGUAAGAAGAAUUCAUUGACUUAACCGUACCAAAGAAUCAAAAUAAGACCGAAGUUGGAGCUUCUAGUCUUGCUGUCAGAAAGUAGCAAACGAAUUUAGCUCAUUGAAUAAGAUCUUAAGGUGUAAAGAAACUUAAAACCAUUGGGAAAUAUCAUCGGGAUGAUUUAAUGUCAGGCUUGGUGCUUAGUAAAAGUCAUGGAGAUUUUAGAUAUGAGGAAAUGAUACUCUAUUAUACGUGAUUUUUACACCGGCAAAUACCUGCAAUAAAGACUCUUGAGGCAGCUAUUGGAAACUAUUCCAACAAAUACUGGCAUUGAUUUGCCAAAAUGUGCCAAUAAAUAUCACAAAAUCUAAAAUAAAUCUUGCAGGAAUUUGGCAGCCAUUAUGAUGAUGAUACGGUGAACAUAAAAUAGAGUUGGCAUAAAGUUUCUGCAAUCUAUUUCAUUCAUACGCUACCAGAUUUAAACUCCAAAUUCAUGAAGUUCAAGGCGUUACGUUCUUUAACUCGUAUGGCAAAUAUGCACCUUUUUUAUAUCUAAAAGGGGAAACAAAUGAAAAGAUAAGAAAAAUGAACUAAUGCUUCAAAUAUCUGAAAUUGCUUGCACGCAUCACACCAAUAUAAAUAUAUUCCCAUUUAACUUUUUCUCCACGAGGCCCUUUGGUUUUUUCCUCUUCACAUUCGUAGUUUGUCCUAAAAUUUGAGCUUUUAUAUGACCGGCAGAGCUCAGUGUAACCAAGACUCUCAGCAUUGGACAAUAAAAACAAAUACCAGCAAGUGUUUUAGAAGAUUUCCUUUUACUAAAGCUGAUUUCUUACCAUUGUUUUUCAGUCGGAUGUGUUAAUUUCAGACACUGAAAUGCCACCUAUGCUUCAGUUAUAUCGGAAGUUUCUAUUGUGCUAGGAUCUGCACAGUUUAAGCAGCCCAGCCAGCCUGAUCUUUUCUUUUCCAGAUAUUUGUUUUUCAUUUUCCAUGAGCCAACUGUGAAAAGGGCUAGAGAACACAUACUGAUGCAGUUCAGCCGUUAAUUUAAGUUAUUUAUUUUGUCAAGUAUUGCUUUCACGGAGCUAUGCAGUAACAGUCGUAGGGUUAUUUAUUACAAGUUUAAUUGUGUUGUUUUCCAAAUGUACUUUUUGUCUCUUUUAUUUUUCUCCUGAGCAGCACUGCAUGUGGCUUAUGAAUGGAUGCUUUGAGAACGCUUUUUGUUAAUAUAAUUAUCCUAUAAAGGAGGUAAAUUAACAUUUAGAUGGGUCUUAACAGAUGAACAGGUACACUCUAAAGGAGGGAAGUGAAACAUUUAUUACCAUGUCCAUAAACUGUAUGCAGAUUGUCAUUCAAAAGAUGUUUAAUUUACAGGUUUUUCAUAUUGUUUGAACUUGUUUAAAGGUGGCAUGUUGUCUUGGGACCAGAUGUGGUAUCAUCCUCCUAAUUCUCACUUCUUUUUAUGAACAAUUAGACUGCUGUCCACACACAAACCUCUCUUCUGUGCUUUACAGUGUUCAUGGGAUGCCACCUCAGCUUGUCCUUUUUUGAGGAAAUCCUGAUCACUUUGUUGCAAUGGUAGAAAUGUUAGACCGUGCACCUUUCUCACGUUAAAGCCUCCUCAGCAGUGAGACGUUGUGCGUUUCAUUUUGGACUUCAUACUGCUUCCACGUUUAAGGGGGAAUUUGUUUGAAAAGGAAAUAUGUUUCCAGGGAAUACAGGGUGGCUAAAACGAUCUGUAGUGAAUACAUUGUAAGAGAAAUACUCAAAGAUCUAUUAAUGAACCUCAAAAACAGUUUACAUCUCAUAUGUUUAAAAUCUGUAACAAGCAUAAUGUUUGCUGCUUAUGAUUGGAAAAUGUCUACAACGAUUAUUCAAUUUAUAAGAUUAGUUGAUUCAGUAAAUUCUACUAAUCAUUCCUGCUCCAAUUUGACAUUUUACAAACUUAUUUUCUAUUAUAAGAUAACUAGAACCUAGUUAGCAGAGGGGAAAUGGAAAUAAGGAACAUAGAGUAAAAGGAAAACCAAAAACUUUUGCUUUGUAACGUUUUUAUUGGUUCGCAUAAUCCAUGUUUGAGACUCAAAAUAUUUCAUUCCCAAAGCUAUUGUUCCUGUGUUCGAGAUCAUUGAAUACUGGUUUUGCUCCAUUUUUGCCAAAACCUUUAUAAUAACCAGAGAAGUCACACUGUCAGGUAUCUUUCUGUUUUUGUCGCUUAACUCUGCAGCUGACAUCAUGAACAUCACAUCUGCCACUCUCCUCCUCCUCCUCCUCCCCUUCUCCUCCUCCUCCUCCUCUCAUGUUGCUGUUAAAAGAAGAAACGUGUAACCGAUAAAGUACUACUGUCCUGAUUUAUGGCACAUUCAGUCAUAGCGCAGCGUCCUUUAGUCCACCAGUCUGUCAGUAGGGAAACAGAAUAGAGGAUUUAAAAAAUAAAACAAUACCUUGCUGCAACGACUGUAUCUGAAAAAGAAAGUAAAAUCAGAUUAACAUAUCUUAUAAUCUGAGUAGAAACUCGUGGAAACGAUUUGUAACUUCUUUCCAGAAAUAAAUGUUCAUAUUGGUCAACUUUCA